AUGUCUGGUUCGCAAGCCAGCCAACCUUCUCGACGCGACGGGCAAUCUUCGUCCCAAAACCCCUACAACACUCCUCGCCAUGGCCGAAUCCCUUCUCGUACCGGUAUUGAGCCCUUGUCCCCUCCUCAUGUCGGCCAGCCGCCUCUUCCUGGUCACCGAAUCCCUCCAACUGUCCACCAUCUCCGAGAAGACGUACCAACCCCUCUCCAGCGCUGGAACGGCGAGUCUGUAACCCCAUUCAUGCGCUGGGCGUACACAGUCCGAGAUAACUCAGGACAAGCUCGUCCCAAUUACAAUUACGACCCGGACAUGAAUAACGCCAUAUUCCUCAGCGAGACCAUCGAUGACUUCGACCGAAACCCUGCCUUGAUCCACGAACUCAUCCUCCGCAUCGCCAAUCCAGAACUCGGUCACGCUUCCAUGGACUGGAUUCGUCAAAACCGGUCACUUGUCGAUAUACUCCUGUACCGCCACUACCAGCAGUACGGUGGUCUCAUGCUACCUCCGACGGCGCCAGCGAUCCAAGCCAUGCGUUCUCAUGAGACAGCAGUCAACUCUGCUAGGUCUGCUGGUGCGACUCCAGAUCAGCUCCCACACAUCAGUUUCCCGUCUUUUGGUCCCCCUCCAGACGACAGUGUCCCUAAGGCGCCUGGGCAGAAAGGCAAGGCACCGGUACCUGGUUCUUCUCCAAGUGGGAAUCCUUGGGGUAGUAUUGGAGACAGGCGCCGUUUUGGAGGUGGUCGAGGUCGAGGUGCUAGUGGAGGUGGAGUGGCUAUCUGAGUAAGUUGUAUACCUCCUGCCCCUACCAUUAGACCACGUUGGAGAGCUUCGAAAAGCUCCACGACCUCCUGGCUGUAUUAUGCUUGCCUAUCUGAUGUCUGAAAGUAGAGCCUUGUUGACCUCAAGCAGACCUCCUGAGAACCAGAUCGCGGUAUACUCA